AUGCCUGCUUUACAUGCAAAAAUCAAAAAGGGCGUAGUUGAGUAUCCUGGAUGGUUGGGUAGUGAUUGUAAACAUCUUUUAUCAAGAAUGUUAGUUGCAAAUCCACUUCAUCGUGCUUCGUUAGCAGAAGUUAUGAAUGAUACUUGGAUGAAUAAAGGUCACGAAGGUCCACUUGAAAAUUUUUUACCUCCACGUAAUCCAUUAAGUCUUCCACUCGAUAUGGAGGUAAUUCGGGGCAUGACUGGCUUUGAAUUUGGUACAGAACAAGAAAUUAAAAUGCGCCUUGAAAAUAUUAUAAAAAGUGAAUCAUACCAAAAUUCGAUAAAAAACUUUAUAUAUCCAACACAUAUAAGUGGUGCUAGUAGCAGUAACAGAACCUUUACAGCCGAUCCUACUCAAGCUGUUCAUCCAUUGAUCUCAAUUUAUUACCUUGUAAAGGAAAAACUUGAAAGGGAACGUUUGAUUCAACAGGGUUUUAUACCUCAAUUUGGUUCAUCAUCAUCAUCACUUGUAGAACAAAAUAGUUUACAAACGCCUCAUAUUCCUUUACCAGAUCCAUCAUAUCCAAGUGAAACUGGAUUUGAUAUAAACAUGAACAGUUCAUCUGCUUCCGGAAAUAGUUCAUCUGCUGUUCCCAUAAGAAGAGCUACUGUUCCAUCUGGGGCUAGACCUCGUUCAAGGACAAAUGGAGAAGUUGAUUUUAACAUUGGACCAAUUCCACCGGUGAUAGUUGAAAGAGAAGUUAUUGAAGAAAAUCCAGAUGACGGUGAGUUAUCUUACGCUAAAAAGGGUAAGAAUCAACAUUCAAACACAAAUGCUGGUGGUGUUGGACUAAUUCGACGUUUGAGUUUAGCAAUAGUUGGUCAACGUGAAACUACUUCCCCCCAAACAUCUCCGAUUUCACCAAUAUUCGCAGUUUCGAGAGGCCAAUCUGAACAUAGACGUCAUGGCUCUACACCAACCGGAGUAGGCAUAAAGUCAGAGAGUAUACGACUAUCAGCAUUUCUUUUAGAUUGCCUUGCAGUUGGUUGUUUAAAGGGAUUUAAACGUUUUGAGUUAUAUUUAAGAGGUAGAGAAGAACUUUUAUUAAGGGUUUAUAUAGUUCAUAAGAGUACUAAUGGUAGUAGCAUUGUUGAUGGAAAUGAAAAAACAAGUUCUACAAUAUAUGAAAGUAGCAGAAUAAAAUAUAAUUCUUUAUCACUUGCAAAAUCACAUCAUGAUGCAUUAUUUUCACCAAAAACACGUAGAACUCCACUAGAUAAUGAUCUAUCAAAAGAUGAAUCAAAUAUUGUAUUUCUUAUAGCUGGAUAUGCUAGAUACAAAUAUAUAAAAUUAUGGGACAUUAUAGAAGAAGUUAUAACACUAAGUCUUAAUAUAGCACCAGAAAAUCCAUUUGAAAUAAAUCAUUCAUAUUAUGAUACAUUGCCAGUUGAAGAGUGUGCUGUUAGUACUGGUGCAAUGAUUGAUUUCUUACAAAAAGUAUACAUCAAAGACACAAAUUAUGCUAAUAAAG